GGGGGAGGAUGGAGGAUGGGGGAGGUUUUUCCCAGAGGAGGAGGAUUAAAGUCUCCAGCCUGUGCUGUCUCUGGGUGAGUCGGGUUCCUCCCCCUCCUCCCUCUGUCUCAUCUGCAUAUGAAGAUGUAUGGGGGGGAUGUUUGUUUUUUACAGAGUUCAGUUAAUCAAUAACUGAAGACAAACGAUUGAUCCUCGAUGAACUGAUCAGUUAUUGGUUCCAUUCAUGACGAGCUGAGACACAGGACGAGCUCUCUGAUUGGUCGACAGUCACGUUGUGUCUGUUUGGAGCUGAGGACAGGACCUGACCUUUGACCUCAGCCAGGUGGAGGUCACCUGAUGAGACAUGGUCCUGCUGCAGGUUUCAGGUGCAGGUCCAGGACCAUGUGGUCCAGACCGCCAUCGGUCUGUUUACACUGAGUACUUUUACUCAACUACUGUGUGAGUAUUUUUAUUUCAUCCUACUUCCUGUUUCUGCUCCACAGACGCACAGGUGAGAUUAAAAACACACAAUAACUGAUGAAGUCACAGACUGUGUGUGUGUGUGUGUGUGUGUGUGUGUGUGACGUCAGUAAACAGUAACAUCCAAUAAUACUACAGAUAUAUUAUCAUGUGUAAUGAGUACUUUUACUUCAGGUACUCGGAGUAUGUUUAAUCCCCUUCAUUCAUGUGUACUGACAGCAGUACUGCUGAGUACUGUUGAGUACUGCUGAGUACUGCUGCAGGUGCAGGACGUGUACUCGGUGCAGUAUUAGUACUUUAUGAUGUCACAUGUUCGGUUAAAGACAAACCUCAUGAAUCAACAUUGUUUCUGAUGUUUUCCUCGUCAGACCGAAGCACCGAGGACUCCUGCGCAACGCCCCGCCCCCCUCUCCUCCACCCACCAAUCAGCUGAGAGACGGUCGAGAGAACACAGCGUUUGAUUGGCGGAUCGAGCAGCGGAGCCGAGUUUCAAGGCGCCCCCUCCUGCGACGGAGGAGAAGGCGGUGAACAUCGGGGGGAGCCUGGAAACUGUCCCGGGCUGAGUGAUGAGUGUUCUCCUGCGGACCGCACUGAGGGAGAAGAAGUCCACCAGCCAGGACUCAGGCUCUAAUAACUAACGUCUCAUCCACAGACCGAACUUUUCUGGACUCUCGUACCGAGGAUAAAGUCCGGAGUAGGUCGGGAGACUCGGAUCCUGCACAUUCAGCGCAGCCCGGCGACAGACCCUCACCGAGUCCUCUGUCGGUCUUUACGAGUUAAAGUCAGAGGAGCUGGAGGAGUUUUAAUGUUCAUCCGUCAGAUAGAAAUGUUGAAGUCACUGGCGCCGGACCGGAUCCUGAAUAAACGUUUCCCACCAUUUUCCUGGAGAGUUGUGGAAACUGCUGUGGAACAGUGAAGGAAUGCAGCAUUAAAGGGUCCUUACACGGAUUUUUCCUCUGAAUCAGCAGCAGCGCCUCAGGAAACAGGUUUUAGUUGUUUUUAAACCGUUUUCUGCUGCUGGUGAUCAGCUGGUCUGAGGGAGACCUCUGAGUCUUUGUGGAAACUGUUUCUGUUUCUCAGGAGUUGUAUCAUCCGUCAUGGCGAUGGGGAGAGGCUGGUGGUGGAUUUGGGUAAUGGGCUGCUCUCUGGUCUUUGUGCUCCUCCAGCCCUGCAACAGUCAGUAUGAGAAGGGGAUUUCCAUCCCAGAGCACGGCUUCUGCCAACCCAUCUCCAUCCCCCUCUGCACAGACAUCGCCUACAACCAGACCAUCAUGCCCAACCUGCUGGGACACACCAACCAGGAGGAUGCUGGGCUGGAGGUCCACCAGUUCUACCCACUGGUUAAAGUCCAGUGCUCCAUGGACUUGAAGUUCUUCCUGUGCUCCAUGUACGCCCCGGUCUGCACGGUUCUGGAGCAGGCGAUACCUCCCUGCAGGUCGCUGUGUGAACGGGCUCGUCAGGGCUGCGAGGCGCUCAUGAAUAAAUUUGGGUUCCAGUGGCCGGAGAGGCUGCGCUGCGAGAACUUCCCGGUCCACGGUGCUGGAGAGAUCUGCGUGGGUCAGAACACGACCAAUGCUGAUGGUCCUACAUCCGAUCCAACCCCCAACCUGCCUGAGCUUGUGACCCUGCCACCGUAUGUCUGGACUAACCAGCCCUUCUCCUGCCCCCGGCAGCUCCAGGUGCCCACCUAUCUCAACUACCACUUUCUGGGGGAGAAGGACUGCGGCGCCCCCUGCGAGGCCUCCAAGCCUAACGGACUCAUGUAUUUCCGAGAGGAGGAGUUAAAGUUUGGCCGGCUCUGGGUCGGUAUCUGGUCCAUCCUGUGCUGUGUGAGCACCCUCUUCACCGUGCUCACGUAUCUGGUGGACAUGAGGCGGUUUCGAUACCCAGAGAGACCGAUCAUCUUCCUGUCCGGCUGCUACUUCAUGGUGGCGGUGGCCUACACCACGGGCUUCCUGUUGGAGGACAAAGUAGUGUGCAUUGAUAAGAUGAAGGAAGAUGGCUACAAGAUGGUGGCCCAGGGCACCAAAAAAGAAGGCUGUACCAUUCUGUUCAUGAUCCUCUACUUCUUCGGCAUGGCCAGCUCCAUCUGGUGGGUGAUCCUGUCCCUCACCUGGUUCCUGUCAGCCGGGAUGAAAUGGGGUCACGAGGCCAUCGAGGCCAACUCGCAGUACUUUCACCUGGCGGCCUGGGCGGUCCCAGCAGUGAAAACCAUCACCAUCCUGGCCAUGGGGCAGGUGGAUGGAGACCUGCUCACUGGCGUCUGCUACGUGGGCAUCUACAACGUGGACGCCCUGCGGGGCUUCGUCCUGGCACCGCUCUUCGUCUACCUCUUCAUCGGCACUUCCUUCCUGCUGGCGGGCUUCGUGUCACUCUUCCGUAUCCGCACCAUCAUGAAGCACGAUGGCACCAAGACGGAGAAGCUGGAGAAGCUGAUGGUGCGGAUCGGUGUGUUCAGCGUCCUGUACACGGUACCGGCCACCAUCGUCAUCGCCUGCUACUUCUACGAGCAGGCUUUCCGGCCGCAGUGGGAGAGGACGUGGCACAUGCAGACGUGCAAGCGCUUCGCUGUGCCGUGCCCGGGUGGAAACUUUGCACCAGUGACUCCAGACUUCACCGUGUUCAUGAUCAAGUACCUGAUGACCAUGAUCGUGGGGAUUACGUCCGGCUUCUGGAUCUGGUCGGGGAAGACGCUGCAGUCGUGGCGCCGAUUUUAUAAGAGACUGAGCAACAACAAUCAGGGAGAGACGACGGUGUAGAGCUGACGGAGGAGGCUGAGUUUAGCUCCACGUGUUUACUCAGACUGACGGAGGAGGUUUGGAGCCUUUGACUGAGCCUUUUGUUCACAGAGAGGACAGAUGGCUGCUCAGAGUCCUGGUUUCAAACCCUCACAGAGGAGGAUUCUGAUGGACCACGUGUUUCUGACUGCAGUCACUACGAUGCUGUCUUGAAUGACACACCCACCUGUAGCGCUUUAAUGUGUCACACCUGUAGAAUGACUGAGCCUCUGAUGCAUUCAGGUGACACUUUUUUUGGUGACGGUCUCCUGGAAAAGAAACGUGAGACAAAUUUAACAAAUGUCAUCAUCAGUUAAUCUGCUGAUUAAUGGUUGAGUCAAUGACAGUGACGCCUUCACGUGUCUUUAACAGUCGAAACCCAAAGAGAUUCAGUUGGAAGAUAAAAUAAUAAACAUUUCAGGAGUAAUUAGAACACGUACUGCAACAACAGCAUCAGUAUUUACAACCUAAUGACAUUUUCUUUCCAUGAAUCUGUAAAAUGAUGAGACCUGUUAAAAUAAAUGGUUUAUUGUGUUUCUGCUCCUUUCCUCUUUAUUCUUCAUCUGUUCAACUGUAAAUAUAUUCUCUGAGAAGAACUUAUGUAUUUAUAAGAGUUUAAAAUCACUUUUUAAACAGUGUUUGUCUCUUUUUUGUCUCGAUGCUACAUGGCUUAUACUUGUACAGUUUUUCAAAAUAAAAUGCUUUAAUUUUUAA